UUAAUACUCAAAUAUACCAACAAUGGGUAAUUGCAUAGUUCUUCAAGAAAAAGUUGUAAAAGUGAUGAAAACAGAUGGAAAAAUUCUUGAAUACAAAGCUCCCAUCAAAGUUCAUCAAAUAGUAUCACAAUUUUCUAACCAUGUAAUUUCUAACUCCCAUCAAGUAAUUGAAAAUCAACAUCUUCAACCAAAUGAUGAGUUGCUAGGUGGCCAAAUUUAUUAUCUUUUGCCAAGCUUACCAAAGCCAAAAUCAGCCAAAAAAAAGGUCAAGUUUGCAAAUGAUCAAGUGACAAAGAAGGUCAAGUUUGCAAAUGAUGAUCAAUUAGUAAAUGAUGAGAAGGUUAAGUGUGCAAAUGAUCAUCAAGUUGAAUUAUUAGAAGCUAAUCAUGAUCAUCAUCAUCACCAAAAGAAAGAGGUUAUUAGGGUUAAAAUUGUCAUUUCAAAGAAAGAGUUGCAAGAAUUGUUGAGUAGUAGUGAAGGUGGAAUAAUCAAAGUUGAUGACAUGAUCAAGAGUACAACUAUUGUUGAAGAAAGUACAAUAACUAAUGGUAAAGGAUGGAAGCCUAUUCUUGAUAUUAUACCUGAAAUACUUGAUCACUAGCAUACUUAGCCUUCUAUGUUCAGGUCUGUUUGCGUGCAGUUCAACUAUUUUAUCAGAUAUCCAUACUAUCUUCCGCCAACACCAAUAUCUGAUAAUUCUGCCUAUCAAAGCUUGAGCUCUAUACCUUCGUCCUAGUAGUAUUUCAAACUUUUCAUAGUGUUUACUUUGUAUAUAGGUGUAUACAUGCACCCAUAAUUAUAGGGAGCAAAACAAGAUAAUUUUGAUCUUUUGACUAUUAACAUGAGUUCCUUCUUUGUUUGCUCUAGAAGCUAUUAAAGUAGACAAAUUAGGAACUAGUUUUGAAGGGCAUCAUGUCCAUGAUAACCUUGUACUUUGUUAUGAUACAUCAAUAUAAAUAUAAUAUAUAGUA